CUUGGCCAGACCGCGAACAAGCAAUGGGUUAAACUUCGGAUAAACCUCAUCUAUAAUGUCUGUACUUUUCAAGAAGAAAUACCCCAAGAUAACAAGCGUCGUCGACCGCUCCCUCGCAUCAACAACUCAGCUAAAUUUUCCUCAACCGCAACCAUGCCCUUCAUUCGCCCCUUUGAGCCAAGAGACACUGAGGCUUGCAUGCACAUUUGUCGCGCAACCCAGUCCCCUACCGUCGCCGCUGACCCCGUCACCGCCCGCAUGUCCCCCUACAUCUGGUGUGUCCAAUUCACCCAUCUCUCUCCACAGACCUGUUUCGUUCUGGUCGACGACACCGACACCGAUACCAACACCAACACCGACUUCUCUUCCCCCUUCAAAGACGGAAAGGAUGGGAAAGUAGUAGGCUACGUAAUCGGCACCCCCGACGUCCACACCUUCGCUGCUUGUUACCCCCGCUACAUCAAGGAAGUGCUGCAAUCCCCCCAAGGUCUCAUCGACGUUCCCCCGCCCAAGCAACUGGACACACUCGAGAGCUGGUUCCUUUCAUCUUCCGAAGGUGGUAAAACGAAAGAAGCUGCUGCUGCUACAGCUGCUCAAAGGUUGAAUCCGGUGUGUCUAGCUCAACUUGCGUAUAAUCCGCAAUGGCUGGUCUUGUCAGGGCCGGAGGGCGGACCGGCGGAAGCGAGGAAGAAGGAGAUGGUGGAAACGUGGAGGGCCAUGUUGCAUAUUGAUUUGCUGGAUGAGUGGCAGGGGAAGGGGUGGGGGAGGAAAAUGAUUGAACGGUUUGUGGAAGCUGUAAGGAAGAGUGGAGAGGAGUAUGGAAGGGGAGUGAAUCUGGGGGUGGCGGGGGAGAAUAAGAAGGUGGUGAAGUUCUAUGAAAAGGUAGGGUUUAGAGUUUUUGAGGGGGGAGAGGCGGAGGGGAAUGUUUGGAUGGUUAGAGACUUGUGAGAGAAACUCGGGGGAAGCAAGAGGGAGGGAGUAAGGACUGUGUAAGAGCAUCACUGCGUCUCCAUUAGGGUCACGGUUUCGAAAGACAAAAAAAUGUUGGUGAG